UUAUAAAAAUGUUUUAAUAAUUUUCUGUCAAAAAUUAACUCGAUUGACUCGAUUAAAAACACUAAAAUUGUCAGAUGUCAGCCACUUUCAGCAUAAUCCAAAGUAGACAUCAGAAGUGAUAAGCUUCAAGAGCUAACAUGGAAACGUACCUUGAGCUUUUUGAUAUUCGAACGUAUGUUCUCUCUCUGAAUUAUUAGCAAAUGAUAAAAUCUCUUUUAAAUUAUAAUUUUUUCAUAGAAAAAUUCCUAACCUGGGAUACAGGAAUUCGAAUAUUAUACCGUAAUCUUAUGCAAUUUUACGCGACAAAAAAUAAUUAAAAUUAAUAACAAGUAAUAAAUAAAUAUUAUGCUGUUAAGUCGAUUGAGCUUAUUGACUUGUCAACUGGCACGAAGGAAUAUAUUACAAAGAGUGAUUGCUCGAAGUAAUACUCAAACAAGUAAGAGAAACAAUAAGAAGGAUGAUGAUGACGAUGACGAGAUGGAUCAACCAAUUCAAUACUCAACAUCACCAGCGGCAAGUUGGCGAGUACGGUACAGUCAACAAGGUGCCAAUAGAGAUCAUUGGCCUUGGUAUCAACCAUAUAUUAUUUCUGCUAGUACUUUUACAUUGUUAAUGUACUUUGUUUAUCUAAGAGAAGCCAAUGAUAUUGAUGAGAUAUUUGAUAAAGAGUUGGGUGAUCACUUUCCUCAUCUUAAUGAAGCAGAUAUCGCUAAAAGACUUCCACCAGAUAUUGUUACCAAAAGAGUUCAAUAAUGUAGUUUAUUUUUUAUUUAAAUAAAUUAAGUCUUAUGUUAUUAA